CAAAAGUUCAAAUCUCUCGCCCACCAAGCCCUCCACUUUCUCCUCCAAAAAUGCUCUUCAUCGGAAAACCUCAAACAACUCCAUGCCCAGCUCAUCACCCAUGGGCUCACCCAAGAAACCCUAACAAUUGCAACCCUGAUCGCCUUCACCUCCCUCUCUGACCUCUCCUACGCUCGCAGAGCCUUCAAUCGCGUCGAAAAACCCAACAGGUUCAUGUACAAUACCCUAAUCAGAGCCUAUUCCUAUACCAACAAUAAUUCAACUGAAGCCCUUGUCCUACAUCAUCGAAUGAUGGGCAAUGGCAUUUUGCCCAAUAAUUUCACAUUCCCAUUUGUUCUUAAGGUGUGUGCUAAUGUCGCGGCUCUGAAGGAGACGAGAUUGAUUCAUGGGUUGAUUGUUAAAAUCGGGUUCGAGUCUAACGUGUUUGUUAUGAACGCGCUUCUUCAUGCUUAUUCAACAGGUGGGUCGGUUUGGUUCGCCAGCGCUGUGUUCGCUGAAAUGCCUGAAAGAAGUGUUGUUUCCUGGAAUUCCAUGAUUGAUGGGUAUUGUCGAAUUGGUGACUCUGAGAAAGCUUAUAGGUUGUUUGUGAUGAUGAGGGAGUUGGGUUUGAAGCCCGACGGGUUUGCUUUGGUUAGCAUCCUUUCGCUCUCGUUACAAUCGGGAAAUUUAGGGUUUGGAAGAUUUGUACAUUGGUUUGUAACUGUCAACGGGAUUGAAUUCGAUUUGAUUCUUUGGAAUGCUUUGUUGGACAUGUAUGGAAAAUGUGGCGAGUUACGCAUGGCUCGGCUGUGCUUUGAUCGAAUGCCUAUGAAGAACGUGGUAUCAUGGACGUCCUUGGUUUGUGCUCAUGCGAAGCAUGGGCUUAUCGAUCUUGCCAGGGUUUGGUUCGAUAGAAUGCCUGAAAAGAGCAUCGUUUCGUGGAAUGCGAUGAUCUCUUGCUAUAUUCAACAUGGACUUUGUCGACAAGGGCUAGAACUAUACAGCCACAUGCAAAAUUUGAGGAUAACCCCAGAUGAGAAUACACUGGUUAACGUUCUUUCCGCAUGUUCCCAAACUGGCAAUUUGGUCAUCGGAGAGAAAACCCAUGAUUAUAUUCGUGGAAAUAUUGUGGAUCCGAGUAUCACCCUACGAAACUCCAUAAUCGACAUGCAUGCAAAAUGUGGGCAUGUAGAUGUUGCGUUAAAUAACUUUAGCACAAUGAAGAUAAAGAAUUUGAUAUCUUGGAACAUCAUAAUUGGGGCUUUAGCAAUGCAUGGUCGUGGACUUGAUGCAGUUCAACUCUUCGAGUGCAUGGUAGACGAGGGCUUCAAUCCCGAUCGGAUCACAUUUACCGGUUUGUUAAGUGGAUGUAAUCACGCUGGUUUGGUGGAAUUUGGUCGAUAUUACUUCAAAUCAAUGCAUCGAGUCUAUAAAAUUCCAUAUGAAAUUGAACAUUAUGCUUGCAUGGUCGAUCUCCUAGGACGAGGAGGCCAAUUCGAUGAAGCAGUUGCGAUGAUUGUUAGUAUGCCGAUGAAGCCUGAUGUUGUUAUUUGGGGAGCUAUGCUUGGGGCUUGUAGGAUUCAGGGUAAUAUUGUGGUAGGGAAACAAGUAAUGAAGCAUGUUUUAGAAUUGGAGACAUAUAAUGGGGGUUUGUACGUUCUUCUCUCUAAUAUGUUUUAUGAGAAUCAGAGAUGGGAGGAUAUGAAAAGGCUAAGGAAGCUCAUGAAAGAGAGGGGGAUAAGAAAGGGUAAAGGGAGAAGUUCGAUUGAAAUAAAUGGUGAUGUAUAUGAGUUCAUGGUUGAAGAUACGAGCCAUGAGAAUUCAAGUUAUGUACACUCAACACUUGAUGCAUUAACAGAUCAUUUGAUGUCCUUAGAAUGGUUUUGUGAUCUUUCAGUUACAUCUUGGCAACUGGAGGAAUGAGAGAAGGCAUUGUCCUUCAUUCUUUGUUCUCUACAAGUCAAUAUUUUGAUGUAAUGAAUGUAACUACAGUUAAGAGAACAGAAAGAGCAAUUUUAUGCAUAGGCCCCUCCUUAAAUGUGAUAAUUGA